AAGUUGCUUGUGCAUAAAUUUGUCACACCUAUAAAUAACAAUCCACACUUCACCUCAUUCUCAUUGUCCAAUUUCUAUGUUUCUUCAUUACCUCUAGUUCUAAUUUUGGUUGUGUCGCAUACCAUACUAAAGCUAAAAACCCUCUCCAACUUUAUUCUCCUUGUGAUUACCUAUGGCAACCCAACCUGCCCGUCCAUGGUUUCGGCUAGGCUCCAUGGUCCGUCCGGCCACCACCCCUGCCCCUGCACCAACCCCUGCCCCGGCACCCGUGGUUAGACCUGCAUUCAGGCCAUUGACUCCUGCACCUGAACCAACCCCAACUCCACCACCAGCUCCAACCCCAACUCCAGCACCCACCACCACAGCUCCGCCACCACCUCCUGCAGCCGCUGCUCAGCCACCACCACCUCCUGCCGUCGCUGCUCAGCCACCACCACCUCCUGCCGUCGCUGCUCCGCCACCACCACCUCCGGCCGUCGCUGCUCAGCCACCACCACCUCCUGCCGCUGCUGCUCCACCGCCUCCUACUGCCGUUCUUAUGCGUCGGCCACCACCACCUGCGGCAACUCCAGCACCACCUCCUCCUGCGACUAGUACUACUGCAUCAGUUCCACCAUCACCAAUUUCAAAAGCAGCAUCUUCUUCAGUGCCAUCAUCUCCUGGAAUCAGGGUUGGUAUAGCCCCAUCUUCUUCAGUGGCACCAUCUCCUGAUAGGAACAAGGUCACUAAAGCUUCAACUUCUACUACUGAUUCAGUGCCAAGUUCUCCAUCCUAUAAACCACAAACUAGUACUACUUCUCCACCAAAACCCACCAUCUUUUCAGCCCCUGCAAAGUCUCCUCCAGAAUCUAAACCACAGCCAACACAAACUUAUUCUCCACCAAAACCGACAGCCACCACCAUUUCAGCCACUGCUAGGGAGCCUUAUAAUGCCCCAUCUCCCAGAACCAUUAGGCCAGCUGCCACUAAGACCCCACCUCAGUCGCCAAAGAUCAAGUCAAUUGCCCCACCACCCUCUCCUUUCACUCUCCCACCCCCUCAGCUAAAGCCCAGCACUUCAGACCAAACUGAGCAACCCAGGAUUCCCAUGGAGGCAGAGCAGAAAACAGUGCUGGUCCAACAAAAGACCAUUGAUCAUCCAAAAUCCAGAGACUUACGCGAGUCUCUCAAGCCAAGCAUCAAUGCCCACGGUUCAAAGCAUGAAGGAGAAACCAAAGAGAGAGCUAUAACUCGCAAGAAGCCUGCAUCAGACACCUCUGAUCAUGAGGCAGGAGGCAUGAGGGUCAUAACCAUUGCAGGGGAAAACAGAGGAGCUUUCAUGGAACUCAAACAAUCUCCUCAGAAACAUGGACUUGGGGAGCAAUCUCAGUAUCUUUGCAAGAAAGGCAAUGGAAAAACGGUGACUGGGACUCAAUCUGAUCAGAACAAUAGCAGCAGCAGCAGCAGCAGCAGUGGUGAGGAAGGCAAAGGCAAGAGCAAAAGUAAGGACAAAAGUCUCAAAGCAGGGAAGGCUGCAGGGAAAUCAGCAUCAGCACAGCCUACAAGGGCAUUCAUGAACAGCAAUGUUCAAGGCAUCAACAACUCCAUUGUCUACAACACUUCCCUCACUCACCAUGAUCCUGGGGUCCACCUUGCUUUCUCUAGGAAGCCCAGUGGGGAUGGAUUUGAGGCCAAGAGCCUUGUCAAUGGCCGCCACAGUUAGGCAGAGAAAUGAUCAGAGAUAAAAAGGAAACUAAAAUUCAAGUGUCAAGACAUUACUUUUGUUGUGUUUUGAAUAUAUUAGGCAUACUAUAUAAUUUGUGAUCAUAAAAAUAAAAUGGGAGUGGUGAAUGUGAGUGUUGGAAAAGAGGGCAUUGGGUUCUGAUUCUUCAUGGUCAGCUUCCACUCUUUGUAGGGGUGUGACUGAAGAUUGUUAAUGCCUUUGUUUGAUAAUAAAAGGGGCUGUGGCCCUAUUACUACCAGUGUAAAAGAAAUUUGUAUAAUUUCCUAUCACAUUCACUUUCUAUGCAUUCUAUCAUUUCCUAUCAA